UGUCAAACCACUUUUCCAACGUUUGUUCUAUUCGAAUAUGUUCAAGACACAAGUGUGUAAAGUGAAUACGGAGCAUUUUAGUUUUGAAAAGAGGACAAACGAUGAGUUCCCGGAGCAGAAUGCUAAAAGUGUGAUUAGCGAUGCCGCUGACCGAGCUGCAAUUGAUGCAGCCGUAAAGUGGUUACAACAAGGAGAAGCCGUUGGUAUUCCCACCGAAACAGUAUAUGGACUUGCAGCCAAUGCACUGGAUGCUGCUGCCGUCAGCAAGAUCUUUGGAGCCAAAAACCGACCUCAAGAUAACCCCUUGAUUGUACAUGUUUCUUCCAUUGAUAUGCUGAAAAGUAUUUUGCCCGACAAUAUUGUACCCGACGUGUAUUUACCCGUCAUUGAACAACAUUGGCCUGGUCCUCUUACCUUAAUUUUACCCACUUCUUCCUUGAUUCCUACUUCUGUCACAUGUGGUCAUCCCACCGUAGCCGUGCGAUUUCCUUCUCACCCUGUUGCUCGUAGUUUGAUUGAAGCCUGUGGAUUUCCGUUAGCUGCACCAUCCGCCAACUCAUCUGGUAAACCUUCACCCACAUUAGCAAGUCAUGUUUAUCAUGAUUUACAGGGUCGUAUUCCCAUGAUUUUGGACGGAGGAGCAUGUAACGUAGGAGUGGAAAGUACGGUCCUGGAUGGGUUACGUAAUCCACCCGCUAUUUUGCGACCUGGUGGACUCACAUACGAAAGUUUACAGCAUGUACGAGGUAUGGAGAAAUUGCAAGUGUAUAAGAAGCAUUUUGUCGAUACCGAAUUGGAAGCAGCCCCCACCACACCGGGUAUGAAAUACCGUCAUUAUUCACCUGAAGCCAAGGUGAUUUUGAUUGAUCGUUUGAACAAUCAGGAUGAUAAUUACGAUGCCAAAUUUAAUCGUGUUUUACGAGAACAAGUAGAAUCAGUUCAAAAUACAGGAGCAGUUGUGAGCAAGAUUGGUAUUUUACGUACGACGCAAAAGGGAGAAGAGGCAGUAUGGGAGACGCAAUCGAGGUUAUCAAAUAAUAUUGAAUGUGUGUCGCUUCAAAUGGGGCGAAGUGGACAUCCUGAGGAAGUAGCACGAGGUAUGUUUCGAGGAUUACGUGAUUUAGAUGAACGUAACGUGGAUUUGAUCUUUGUGGAAGGUAUAUCCGAAGAGAGAGAAGGUAUGGCCGUCAUGAAUCGAUUGAGAAAAGCUGCCUCUGUCACACUUGAAGUCUAGAAGAAAGUAAUCACUCUUUCAAAACACCUAUUGUAUAUUACCCUUAACACCUACCAAACACCCCUCUCCUCUCUUUUUAUUUAUUUGUAUAAAAAAGCUUACCCGUUACAUUAUAAAAAAUCAAAAAA